GGAGUUGACAGUCUUGUUUUGUGGCAUAAAAACUUGUUUGCGAAAGCAGCCGAAGAAAAAAUGUGUGCUUCUGGUGUAUAAUACUGGUUGGAUUGCCGAAAACUAUUUAAAUACAUUAAUCCGGUGUGUGUUUGCUUGUCUUAUUUAUUGAAUACGCUGUGGUUCAUUGCGGGUACGUCGUGUUGCUUUCACAGUGACGCCGACGUUAACAAUAUGGCUUCCGAAAUCGCGGUGGUAAACAUUGGAAACUUUGAAAAAAUACAGAACUUUUUAAAUGACACCGCCUAUAAGGAAAUUCUUGAGAACAGCGAGAACUUUAACACGCGCCUCUGCAUCGAGCGCCGGCUGCGAAUGCCAUUCCUCGACCCCCAGACAGGCGUCGCACAGACGCACUGCGCGCUCUUUAUGAAACGAAAGCAGCGAAUGCCCGGCUUCCGACAUGGCCAAAUAUACACGUAUCCUUCUGCCCGCUGGCGUAAACCGAAACGACAAUAUUUACUUAAUCCACAUCACAGCUACCGCGCCUACCAAUACCGGGAGCAUCAUCUCUCCCACCAGCAUCAGCACCAUCACGUACCGACCUCUGGUCCUGGAACCGUCAGCGCACGUGAUCAUCAUCAGGCCGAAAGUGCAGCUAUCGUGGCCACAGAUGGCAAUUCAAUGGGCGCUUCGGGGGACAACGACAGCAAGGAUUCUCAUGCUAAUGCCGAGAAGGAUUGGUUCCAUGAGGACAUGGACUCGUCGCAUUAUCAUCAUGCCGAUGACUACGAGGACGACUUUGACUCCGACAAUGACUUCGAUGAGUCGUACAGUAGUAGAGGAAAACGCAAGCGCGGCUCACGACCCCGUCGUUCAAAUGCAACUGUGGAUGGUACUCCGAAACGGGGACGUAAGGGUGGCGGCAAUCGUCGUCGAAAUGCACCUGAAGGCGAUACUCCGGAUCGAAGAAGGCGUGCCGCUGGCAAUAAUGCCAAUACUUCUGCUGCAGCUGCAGCAGCAGCCGCGGCUGUUGCACACGCCGCAAGCACUGCGGCCGCAGCAGCAGCUACGGGCCUUUACGCAACGCACUCUAACUCAGCAUCACCAAUUCCCAUUAUCGAUGAAACCUCACAAUCGGCUCUGGUCAUGACGGCAACGCUUGCUACAUCAUACGAUAAGUCUUCACUGAAUGAUGCAGGUGCUUCAAAUGAUUCAAUCCCUUUGGCCACAAUGGCUAGCAUGGGCAUGUCGACAACACCAACUGCUAAUCCAACUGUAUUCACAACUGUAACUGCGCCGCCAGCUAAUCCAUUGGCAAGUCCCAAAAAGAAUAAGUUAAGGGCGGAGCGCGAAAUUGCGCAGCCUUCCCCGUACUGCGACUUCUGUUUGGGCGAUCAGCGUGAAAACAAGAAAACCAACAUGCCCGAAGAGUUAGUGUCUUGCUCCGACUGCGGCCGCUCUGGCCAUCCAUCGUGUCUACAGUUUACGCCCAACAUGAUAAUAUCGGUUAAGCGCUACCGCUGGCAGUGCAUCGAAUGUAAAUAUUGUUCUAUUUGUGGCACCUCAGACAACGACGACCAGCUGCUUUUCUGCGACGACUGUGAUCGCGGUUACCAUAUGUAUUGUUUGUCGCCGCCAUUGGUAACACCGCCCGAGGGCUCCUGGAGCUGUAAACUCUGUAUGGAGGAGUUUCACAAGCACAAGUAAAAUUUAAUUUCUAAUUUAAGGCGUCGGUACAGAUGUAAAUUUAAUUUGUGUUUCCACUUACAUGCAGCUUAUGAAAUUACGUAUCUCUAAUUUAAUUUUCAUUUUAAGUACGCUUUAGUAAGUUUUUAAUCUUAUGUAACUAUUUAAUUUAAUUUCGUAUUCGUAACUACGCUUAUAUGGACCGCCCCAAGUAUUCUAAGUAUUCCCAGCCUUCCACGCAAAAUGAAUGUAACAUUUUCAUCAAACAAGGUCGUUAAGCAUUUGAAUCCUUAUCGUAUCAUUUAUUUACACUUUUUUAUGUAAAUUUUACGAAAUAAUCUACGAAAUUAUAAUUACCCUAAUACCAAUAAAUACUGCAUGCCUUUUGCAUAUUUCACUGGGUGUUUCUCAAUGCAACCGAUAUUAAUUAGUUUAUCUUCAUAAUUUAAUAUAAGUUAAUUAAAUGCUGCGUACUUAUUAAGUCAUGAAUAUAUAAAAAUUACAUAAACCAUAAAACCUUUCGACGCAAUAGUUUUUUAAAUAUGCCAGACAAAAAACACUUUAACCUGUAUCCACAAUAUUGAACAGGAAAGGCCAAAUAAAAUUGUGCAAUUGAUAUGACGAAAAUUUUGAAACUCCUUUUCAAAAACCAGAAACCAAAUUCCUAUUGGACAUCAUUUGCUAUCAAAAUCAAAUCAAAUUAGUCAAAUUGCAGCUAGUUCUAAUAUUCUCUGAGAUCGACUAAUUUCGCUACUUGUGCCCAAUUUUUUGAUCUGGUAUAUAAAAAAAGGUAAUGGAAACGUUGAAAUCGUUGUAAUUCCAAGGACCUUUGAUUGUGAGCAUUGCAUGAUGUCUAUUUAGCUGCUGCUUGGGUAAUCCCAUAACCCUGAGAUGUGAGCCCCGAAUGUUUUUAGAAAGGAUUAUCCCGGCCUUGUGCUGGUUUAGCGUUUGUGAUCCAGUCUAGACUGCUUUUUAUAACUUUGAGCAUAAAGUUCUGCAAAUUUGUGAAAAGCCGCUCAAAGUGCCAAUUGGCUCAGUUGAAUGUACCCAAAUAGGUUGGCAGAUUCUAACAGUGGACUGUUAAUUACUCGGGGCAAGCAAACCAAAGUGGUUGCAGCCACAAGACUUCCGUCGAUUGCACUUAGUCUGCCGAGAUGAGCCGCGCUUUGUGGUACUUUUCUCUGUUGGGUCUGUGCCUGGUAUUGCCUGUACGGUUAGGAGAACAGCGAAUCCGGUCGAAACGCUUCCUCAUUUUUCCACGUCAAGCUCCGACAAGACAUCAGGUAAAUGAAGUUCAUUUAGUAGUCUGACGUUUAAUGGAGCCAUUUCCUUUUAGUUUAUUGCCGGCAUUGGCAUUCCGGCUGAUCUGUCCUAUGAAUCACUGACCGUCGGUCACGUUCUAAAAGCGGAGUUUUUCCUGCCAUACAAUGCGUCCGUGUACCGACAAAACCCAUUUCUUCCGGAGUACAAACAUACUAAAGUGUCCUUAAACGCCGGGAUCGCCGAGGCUGAGAUACGUCAAAUUCAAAGGAAUCCCACCCAGUUGCGCUGGCAAAUUUACGCGUACAUUGAGCACAUGUUGAACGGGUGAGCUAGUUAGUUGAUUCCUAAUUUAUUUGAUGACAAGCAUCCAUUGAUAUGGGAAUCGCAGCUACGGAUACAACGGCCAUGAAUGCAUGCUACAGGCUAUAUGCGAGGCGAAUGCAAUACGGUUUUCCAAACAGUUUAGUGUUGUCCAAGAGCUACUGCAUCUGGUGCUUGGGUAAGUGGGGCUCCCAUUUUAAUUGAUUUAAUUAAAUUUUUUUUAUUUAAUACAUUGACAGCCCCUCCACGACGCUAAAUGGGGACGCGGCGGAGGCCUACGACUACGUACUGGCCGAAAAGAUG